AAAUAUUAACAAAGCUGUGAGCACACAUACUUUACCACCUACAAAUAUUAUAGUUAAUUUUUUGAACAAAAGAUCAAAAGGUUAAACAAUAAAGACAAUUAUUGUUGAAUAGGUCACUCUGGUUCAGGUUCACUUUAUAGUCAUAUUCUUGUAGCUAUGAUAAGUGUGUGUGUGUGUGUGUGUGUGUGUGUGUGUGUGUGUGUGUAUGUGUGUGUGUGUCUGUGUUGGUAAAGCAUGCGUCGUACAGACUGGUUAGUGUGGCCAAGCGAGGCCCUGAAGAGAGAGGAGAGGAGGGCUGAAGCCAGGCUGGCUCAUGGGAUACAACGGCUCGAUGAGGCCAAACGCUACCACCUGAACACGCUGACCCGAGAGCAACACGGACUACACCGCCAUCUCAUCGCCCUUAACACAGGUAACCGGUGGAGAGGCUUAAACUCUGUGGGAUCACGACCCUCCAAUCAUGAUCUCACCCACCCUGCUGUGUCCUAUAGCAAGACUCGUUUACCCAUAAUCCCACCUGCAGACAGGGAGACAAACAGGCAUAGGUCUGGGAAGCCACAGUCCAUCUGCUCCCUGCAGGCUCGCGUUCAGGACUUUCUCAGCAGUGGUGAAAACAGGGCUGAUAACGCUACAAUGCCUGUAUGUCUGCCAGACCUCAAACCACGGCCCCCAAGCAGCAUGCUUCCUCCAGCCAACCCAGAGAGAGAGAACAAGGCUGGAGAUAGGGAUGGACAGAAUAAGAAACACAGGGCUAGAGGGAGGGAGGGAUUGAGGUCAGCACUGGAAACACGUGGAUUUAGUUCAAAAGACAGUCAAAGAGAAAAUGAUCAAAUAGUAGCAAGUUAUACAGAAAAAGAAGAGGAGAUGACAGUAACAAUACCCUACUCUACUCCUCUUUCUCCCCUCUCUGACACCCACGCUUCUGAUGGCCAGUUGAGGAUGGUUCACACACUGCCUAAUUUUGUGCAAGCACUGGCAGAGGCACGCAAAGCCCGAUACAUACGAUACAGAGGACAUCCUUUGUGUGAGAGAGAGCUGAGCAUCAGAGAAAUAUUCUCAAGCAACUCCAAAGACACAAAUAACACUCACUAACACAGUAGUAUCUGCUAGUCUGCUUCACACUCAAACAUACUUAUGUUGAGACCUGUGAGCACACAAACACACUUUUAAUCUAUACAAGGUGCAUUUUUGAAAGAAAGAAAAUAAAUAAAUUUUCCUUAUGGAGACCAGCCAAAUGUCCCCCAAGGUCAAAA